GACCCUACACCCAGAUUCCCCGUCCGGAAAUUCGUUAAAUUCCCAUGUGAGAUUCCUUCUUCUCCGCCCAAAUUCUCGCUCCCUGUCUUCUCUCUCUACUUUCCACACAGAGAACCAUAAAGAGCGCCACCCCGUAUAGAGGGAGAGAGAGAGUGAAAAGCAAGUUACAUUUGCUUGGCUGAUUGGUUUGCUUUUUACGCAAUCAAUUAAGUUCAAUUUCUUGAGUCUAAGCCGCAGAAAAAUAAUUUUUUUGUAUUCCCUAAGUUCGGUGUAGAUUGUUUGCAUUUAACUGAACUGAUAAGGAAAUUGGUUGAGGUGAGAGAAAGUGGAAAGCAAAGGCUACGGGAUUCCUACGAAAAUGCCAGCGUAAUGAUUGCCCGUAAACCCGAACGUUACUCUCUCUCUCUCUCUCUACGUUUGGAAAGUUGCCAUUCAAGCACUGUUCUGUUGCCUUUUUUCGAGUGGUAACUUAAUUUUCGGUUUCUGCUUUUGCGCGAAAAAAAGGCGAAACCCCUCCCCUUGCCGGAAAGCAGCAAAAGCUUCAAACUUUUCCCAACUUUUUUGGCUUAUGAUUUUCCACUACUCAAAAUUCCUUUCUAUGCCUAUUCGAUCGGAUCUGUUCCCAACUCUGAUCUGAAACCCCUCAAUUUCUCUCCCUUCACUAGUCUAUCGAGUCCAUUUCUCCAAGUAACUUUUCCCUCCAAAUUAUACCCAAUCGUAUGUGUAUCUGAUUUGCUGGCAAUACUUUCCGUUCUUUUCUUCAAUCCAAAAAUAGUGGCUGCGAUUAGUCAGUCCCAUCUCAUGUUUUAUUUCGAAUCACUGAUUCAAUUGGCUGUGGAUUUCUCAUUUAUACCCCCUUUCGUGUACUCAUUUCCCGCCAUUUUUCUUCGCUCUGAUGCUUUUGCCAUAUCUUGUGUCAAUUGUCUCUGAUUUCGCCUGGACAUAUGAUCUUUGAUACCUAAAAAUUAUCCUGAUCGAGUAUUUAAGCUUUUUAACUUUGAACAAACAAACCCUUUUGAAAUCUCUCAUUUUUACCCCCUUCGUUGUUUUUACUUCCCGCUAUUUUUCUCCCCUCCGAUGCUUUACUCCAUGUCUUGUACCCAUUAUCUCCGAUUUCGACUAAAAAUCUGAUCUUUUAUACCUAGAAGUGAUCCUGGCCGAGGAUUUAAUCUUCUGAACUUUGAACAAAAAUACCCCUUUUAAAUUUUACUAGUACUUGUCACAAAUGGCUGAUCUUUUGAGGCCUACUUCAAUUGAGGACUUACCCUCCCAUUUGAUAGUAGAAAUACUGAGCUGUGGAAAGCUAAGUGUGGUUGAUCUAGUGUGUCUGGAGCUUGUUUCGCGUGCAUUUAGGGGGAGUCAUCAUGGGUUGUUCCCUCCCAGUUUUCGGUCCUUGGUGGAUUUCGCGGCGUUUCAGUUAUGUGGAUCCCAUCCAAUAUACGCCCCGAUGAGUCCGAAUGCUCGGAACGGGGUUUUCAAUCGGUGCAGGGGGAACUGGAAGCGGGUUCUGAGGUUCUUGCAAUCGGUGGAGCAGUCGUCCAACGUGGUUGAGACCUCAUUAGGCAAUCAGAUGCAAAUUAGAACGGGAAAAUAUCACACACUACUGAUCAAAGAUUCAUCUGGGUACUCUUGUGGUUCCAGUUUGUGUGGUGUUCUCGGUCAUGGACCCGAAACAACACAAUGUGUAGCAUUUACAAGGAUCAAUUUCCCAUCCCGCGCGCAUGUGAUCCAGGUUUCAGCCUCCCACAAUCAUGCUGCUUUCGUUAUGCAGUCUGGAGAGGUAUUUACUUGUGGAGACAAUUCAUCAUUCUUUUGUGGACAUAGAGAUGUUGGACGUCCAAGGCUUGUUGACGCCUUGAGGGGAAUUCCUUGCAAGCAGGUUGCUACUGGACUCAGUUUUACAAUUUUCCUCACAAGACAAGGUCAUGUCUAUACAUGUGGGGCUAAUUCACACGGCCAGCUCGGCCAUGGGGAUACAAAUGAUAGACCAAUACCCACAAUUGUAGAACCGCUGGAAAGUGUUGGAGCUAUAGCUCAGAUUGCUGCUGGUCCAAGUUAUUCCCUGGUUAUAACUGAUGAUGGGACAAUCCAUUCAUUUGGGUCAGGAGCCAAUUUCUGUCUUGGACAUGGAUUACAGCGGAAUGAGCUACAACCUCGACCCAUUCAGUCAUUUAUAAGGCAGGAUAUCCACAUUGUUCGUGUCUCUGCCGGUGAUGAGCACGUUGUUGCGCUUGAUUCUAGUGGAUUUGUAUAUACUUGGGGAAAAGGCUACUGUGGUGCGUUGGGCCAUGGAGACGAGGUUGAUAAGACUACUCCAGAACUCUUGUACAGCUUGAGGAGCCAUGUUGCUGUACAGGUAUGUGCAAGUAAGAGAAAAACCUUCGUGCUGGUAGACGAUGGUUCUGUUUAUGGGUUUGGUUGGAUGGCUUUUGGCAGCCUAGGAUUUACGGACAGGGGAGCAUCUGACAAAAUCACGAAGCCGCGAAUACUCGACAGUUUAAGACCUUACCACAUUUCUCAAGUAAGCACGGGCCUCUACCACACUGUUGUAGUCACCAAUCGCGGACAAAUUUUUGGGUUUGGUGAUAACGAAAGAGCGCAACUUGGCCAUGAUACUCUCAGAGGAUGCCUUAGACCAACUGAAAUUUUUGUUCCGGAAAUGGAAAAUAACGCAGGUUUUGUAUCAGAAACUGGGUGAACUUGGCUUACCUGCCUUUGACAUUGAGGAAAUAAGUUAUGGUUUUGUACUGCUAGUGGAUGCUGUUACGAUUUUAUUUUAUGUUUUAUUUCUCGAACGUGUUAAGUUCAUGCUACAAUAGCACUGCAAAAGUCUGUUGUUUUACACGAUUAGAUGCAAAUUUCAUGCAAGUCUUUUAUUGUACUAAAAAUCGAAUAUGCAUCCACUAGAAAUUUGAUUGUUUCUGUCUUGAAUAAUAAUCGGGAGUGUUGUGUUUGAGUGGAAAUUCAGACACCCGAAACGAUGGGAAAUUUUUGUACCA